GCAAAGAAUAAGUGGCGCCAAAUGCGAACACACGAACUAGGCCGCACGACAACACGACGUCACGCAAAUCGGAAUCGUACGGCUCUUUCAAAGCGCGUGUCCUCAAAGUCUCCGUUUGGCACGCGCUCGCAGCAAUUUUCGGUUGGCUCCUAAUUUGGUUCUUCGUCAACACAUUGUUUUGCUUGGUUUUGUCCGUGCGUUUCAGAGAACAUGGAAGAGGCCAACAAGCUCGUCGGUGCGGGAAAGAAACAACUGGUGAUGGGCAAAGUGGUGGAGGCGGUGAGCACGCUCCAGGAGGCCUGCGGAAUAUUAUCCAAAGCAUAUGGAGACACUGCAGAUGAGUGUGCAGAGGCAUUCUUUUGGUGUGGCAGAGCGCUGUUGGAUUUGGCAAGGAUGGAGAAUUCAGUCCUUGGUAAUGCUUUGGAAGGAGUCCCAGAAGGCGACGAAGACGAGAAACCUCAAGAAUCCAAUGUGGAGGGCACAGAAAAUGUUGACGAAAAGACCAGAGAUGAGUUGAGGGUUCAAGUUUAUGACGCAAUGGCGGAGAAACCUGAAGAUGCAAAGAAGAAAGCGGAAGGAGACAAAAAAGUGGAGGAAAGUGAUGCGGACAAAGCUGAGCUUCUGAGGGAAGCUGUGGACAAGACGGAAGAACUGGCGCAUAAGGAAGGGGCACCUGCAGCUGACAGGAAUGUAGAAGAACCUGCAGACAAAAUGGAGGACAGCAUAGCGCAAGAACCAACAUCACCCAAAAUAGAAGAGCAAGAAACUGACAAGAACGAAGAAGACCCGACUGAUGAGAAGGUUGACAAAACAGAAAAAAAGGUUAAGGAUUCGACUGACAAGAAGGGAGAUGAACUGUCGGAGAAAACGGAAGACAGCGCAGCAGACAAGAAUGCAGACGCGUCGGACAAAAUGGAAGCCGGUGAAGGAGACAAAAUGGCCGACAAAAAGGUGGAUGAACCAGUUGAGAAGAUGGAAGAAGAACCAGCAAAAGGAGCUGACGAAGGAGAUGAAGAUGAGGAGGAGGAAGGCGAGGACAAUGACACUAGAGAGAAGGAGAGCAACGAAGAAGAGGAAGAGGAGGUGGGAAACCUUCAGUUGGCUUGGGAGAUGCUGGAAGUAGCCAAGGUCAUCUAUAAGAGAAAAGAGUCCAAGGAGGACCAGCUCAUGGCAGCUCAGGCCCAUUUAAGGCUGGGUGAAGUUUCUGUGGAGUCGGGGAAUUGCGCCCAAGCUUUGGAGGACUUCCAGGAGUGUCUCUCCUUGCAGCUGAAACACUUGGACGCCGACAGCCGACUCCUUGCUGAGACUCAUUACCAACUGGGUCUGACCUUCGCCUUGAACCAGCAAUACAAAGAGGCCAUCGACGAGCUCAACCGUUCCAUUUCUGUCAUCAAGAGCAGGCUGGAAAAUCUAACAGAGCUGAUCGCAAAGGCUGCUGGCCCUGAGGCGCUUUCUGAGGAGAGGCAGGAGAUGGAGGAGCUGAAGGCUCUGCUGCCAGAGAUCCAAGAGAAGGUGGAGGACGCCAUCGCUACGAAGGCUGUGUUGGACGGCGCCUCCACUUCGUCUGCUGCACAGAGUGGUGACGCAUCAGCAACAAGCGACUUAACGUCAACCACCACAUUCACUUCUGCCAUCGGGUCCGCUGUCAGUGCUCCAGUCUCUGAUAUCAGCCACUUGGUCAGAAAGAAGAGGAAGCCAGAGGAGAGUCCUGUGAAAGAAGGUGUCGUCAAGAAGGCCAAGCAAGAUGAUGCUCAGGAGACGUGUGCUGUGCAAAAAGCCAAUGGUGAUAAUGGGGCACACUAAGCGCAUGGGAAGUUUAGUGUGUUAAAGAGACCUCUUCGUUCUCAAUUUACCUCAGCAAGGACACGGCAUUGUGUCCAAGAUCCUGUAUACUUGUUUGUGUCUAUUUGUGCUUGUUCUGCUUUUGUACAGUUGAAUGAAAAGUGGUUUUGUACAUCUUUGAAGUUGUGUGGUGAAACGAUGCCAACAUCGGUAGGUCUCUUAACAUGGCUGGAUUUGUUGUCGUCUCAGGUUUCUGAUGUCCCAUUUAAACAUUUUGUGCCUGUUUGGCCACUCUUAUUGCACCCGUUUGGUAACUGUGGUUCCUUUAAAAUAUCUAAGCAGAAAUGUUGGCAUUGUUCCGCCCUGCAUCGUUGCACUGCCCUGUUCCUUGAA